AUGGCCCCCACGGGCAAGGCGCCCAGCGUCGACCCCCUCUCCCAGUCCCUCCCCACUGAGCUCACCUCCUGGUCCGACGCCGAGGAGACGCUCGUCAAGACCGCCAACGCCGGCGAGGUCCCCAACAAUGUCGAGGCCGCCCUCCGCGACGAGGGCGCCGACAUGCUCACGGGCACCGACAAGAAGCUCGCCGGCACCACCGUCGACCGCGAGGUCGUCUCUGGCGCCAAUCCCAUGGCUGCCAACGCGCUCGGUGCGAAGUUCGUCGAGAUGCUGAAGGCCCGCUAA